AUAAUUAAGGUUCUGCAGUCAGUAAUUCACUCAAUUUCAAUAGAAAAAUAUUAAAAUGUUCGAUUUUCUUGUGAGUUUUGGAACAGUACUAAGAAAUUAUUGUGUCCAAUAUAACGUGUAAAUUGUUCCAGACCCCCAUUAUUUGUGUAGAAAUGUAUUUAUUUAAUGAAAAAGUGACUCAUCAGGUGCCGUUUAUUUCAUUUUCCCUGUAUUUUCAGAAUUAGAAUGAACUCAAAGCAUAUGAAAUGUUUCUGAAAACAUUGAGAUCUAUGCUGUCCAGACGAAAAGUUUUUACUGAAUUCUAUUCAGUUUUUGCAUCAUCUGUGCCUCUUUGACUCACACUGCGUAAUUUUCAUUUCUUUAAAACCUUUCUGUCUGUUUGGCCUCCAAAUUAGAUCGGAUGCAGAUGUUGCAUUUAUUUGAGCCUGACCCCUCCGUAAUGCCCCUAAAAUGGGGUCAGCUGUUUGCAACUGCAGUUUUUGUUUUUUGGUAGAUUGGUAUGGCAAGCAAAAGGUAGCAUAAAACACCAGGAAAAGCACCGUAAACAUCGAAAAAGGCUGUUCUGACACACAUUUUGCAAGUAUUUCUGCUCACGUUGUCCCAAGAUGGGCAUGAAAAGCGUCUCACCAUACAAUGGUUAACCUCUUGAAUACUCUUAUGACUGUUUCUGAGUCACGCUUUAAAUGCGUGACUUUGGUUAAAAUGAUCAGCGGUCUGAACUGGCAGAGAAAAUCCCUUUUUGGUUUGACAUCUUUUUACAUUGUUUUUAAAAAAAGGGGCAUCUACAUCACCGGCUCCAGCAUCAUCGGGGGGGGCGUUAAGGCUCCUCGCAUCAAAACCAAAAAUUUGGUCAGCAUCAUUUUCUGUGAAGCUGUGGCCAUUUAUGGGAUCAUCAUGGCCAUCGUCAUUAGUAACAUGGCUGAGAGGUUCAGUGGAACGACCCCAGAGACCAUUGGAGCACGAAACUAUCAAGCUGGUUACUCCAUGUUUGGGGCGGGUCUGACGGUGGGGUUCUCCAACCUCUUCUGCGGCAUCUGUGUGGGCAUCGUGGGCAGCGGCGCGGCUCUGGCCGACGCCCAGAACCCCAGCCUGUUUGUGAAGAUCCUCAUCGUGGAGAUCUUCGGCAGCGCCAUCGGCCUGUUCGGCGUCAUCGUAGCCAUCCUGCAGACAUCCAAAGUAAAGAUGGGCGACUAAAAGACGCCAAAACACUGCUGGAAAACUAAGAUGGAUUAUUAUUGUGUAAAUACAUAAAUUAUUUAAAUGUGUCUAUUUGCCUGGUUUUGUUUUUAACCAUCAUUCAGUGGGUCAGAGUUUCCCUGUUUUCUUCAGAACCUUUUUUCUGUUUUUGGACAUUUCAAAGCUCCAAAAUGAUCUGAACUCACACUUCCUGACCUUCCUGUCGCAUCUUUGUCAGGUUUUUCUGGCUCUUGCUAACGAAUGAUGGUUAAAAACGACACUGGGGCGUGUGACUCUGUGUGUGUGUCUUCUUUUUCCUUUUCCAUCCUGUGAGGCAUGAGGACGUUUGCAGCUCGGUCUGUCGGUUCAGGGCUGCAAACUGGGUGACAUUCUGUGUUGUUGGAUCAUGAGAUGCCAUGUUUGGCAGCCCGGCGAGCGGAAUAACCGUCACCGACACUGGAAGAAGGACUUAGCCGGUGUUUCGAUUAGGAUGAAGUUGAGUCAUGCGCAGGCCUGUUCAGUGUUUCUGAUUGUUAAAAGAACAGCUGAUGGUCUCAAACCUGCACGGCGACCCGCAAACGGACUCGUUUCUGGAGUUUCUAAAUUCAAUCAAAUAAAUUCAAUUGAUCUCAAAUUAUGUCAGAAUCAUCAAUUUCUUUGCUCUUUAAUUUGGAGUCCAGUUUUCUUGACUCAACUUCUAAAAGCAUCUGAGGAACAUCUGACUCGUUCGGGUCAUAGCGUUCGUUCUUCACCAACACAGGAAGCAGCUGCAGAAUGAGCUUCAUCCUGCAGGAAUCUUCCUGUUUUAAUGCUCAUUUUGUCCAAAGUGCGUCUCUGUGCUUUUAAUGAACCUAAAGGUCUCCGCAUUCGCUUUUUAGACGGAUGUUGUCACGGAUGCGUCGCUCCAGCCGUCACCAGGAACCCAAUUCCAGUCGUGCAGAAAUGUAAACCCUGCAGUUUCCCUGUGCAACCCCUUUGUUUUGAAUGUACACGUGAUUCCUCCGUGGCAGAUGUUUGCUUCACAGUUUCCAAAUGGUUCCCAACAUUCCUGACAGAUGAGGCGGAGAUAUUUGAGUGUAAGACAGACGGGCUCCAGCAACGCGACGAAAAGACAUCGCCGGUUCUUUCUAUUGUUUUGUACAAACUUCUGGGGUGCAGUGUUCUGUCUGGAUCUACUUUAAAAAUCUUCAUUUUUGUUUUUUAUUUUUACAUGUGACUGUCGGCUAAAGGAUGAAAUGUGCGUGUUGUGAUGAAACUGGAAAACUCAAACGUGAUUUUUGUCUUUCAUGGAAAUGAAGAAAAAAAAUAAAACACCUGGUGAAAUAGUU